AUGGGACCUGAAGAUCAGCGUCCCGAAGCACCUCGGGGACAGCCCGCUCUAGAUCAAAAUCCGCAGCACGCUACAGAAAAUCCCGAAGGAAACAACAAUGGCUCAUCAUGUGGUGUGCCUCAAAACCAUAACAUCCCUUCAGGGACAAACACAGGACCUACGGGCCAAACCUACCAGGCACCUUCGGGUUACACCUAUCAAAGGCCUCCGGGACUAACCUUCACAGGACCUUCGGACCAAACGUAUCAAGGCCCAUAUAACCAAGGAUACACCGGGCAGGGUUAUGGAAGCAUGAGCGGCCCGCAGUAUCAUCCACAGCCAUAUGGCAAUCAGACCUUCGGGUCGGCACCAAUUCCAAGACCAUACGGGCUUCAGAACUGGGGGGCUCCAACGUACCAAAAUGCCUUAGAAUUCAGUUUGGUUGGAGGAAGCGUCGAAAACUCACCCUUCGUAGCCUGGAUACAAAAUUAUCCUUUCCCGACAGACUUGAAAUACCCUUCGCACCUUGGGACCUACAAAGGAAAAAGCGACCCGGAUGAUUUCCUGGAAGCAUUCGAGGGAGUAGCUGAGAUGAAAGCAUGGAACGUACCCAUUGCGUGCCGAAUGUUUAGGUAUGCUCUCGAAGGGGAUGCCAGAGAAUGGUUAAAAAGCGUAACGAAGGGGUCAAUUGUUAGCUUUGAUGACCUCAAGGAAAAAUUUAGAGUCCGAUUCAGUCAACAGAAGAAACACAAGAAAAUCCAGGUGGCGGCCCACGGGAUAAGACAAAGAGAGACAGAAAGCUGUAGAUCAUUUAUCGACAGGUUUACCACUGAGACAGAGGAUAUAGUAGACCUCGCUGAGUCCCAAAGGAUAUCAGGACUAAUUCAUGGCCUUCAGCACAAACCGCUAGUAGAGAUCUUAUAUAGGGAUCUUCCAAAUACUUAUGAGCAGGUCCAAAAGAGAACGCAUGUAUUCUUAGAUGCAAGAGAAAUAGCUUCGAAGGGGGACAAUAGUCCCCCACAUGACAAAGAGGCUUCGGCAAAAAGGGGAAAAUGGGGAAAUGAUAGGGAAAAACCUAAAUAUAGCCCGUACCAAAAGGAAGAUAGGGGAUUCCACAAGACUAUUCUACCAGAACUGAAUAAGACUCCAAAAGAAAUCCUACUCACCGAAAGCGUGGCAAAGAAUUUCUCCACACCACCCCGAUUGAACCCAAGGAGCAGAAGAGACACUUCCAAAUACUGUGAGUUUCACCAGGAUUACGGUCAUGAUACUAACACCUGCUGGCAGCUAAAGAAGGCCAUAGAAGAAGCUAUUAGUGAAGGAAAUCUGGCACACCUGGUUAAAAGUGUGAGGCAGCAAAACCCCAAAAAAGAGGAUGAACAAAGAGAAAAGAGAAAAGGCCCAGAAAAAACUAUCUAUGCUAUUUUAAAGAAAAAACCUGUGGAAAAGCGCCCAUUCCCAAAGAUGUACCGGGGCGAUGUAAGCAAUAUCUCAUUUCCUUCAACAUACAAGGUCUUCCAUGACCCACUGUUAAUCACUGCCAUGUUGGAAAUAUCAGAAGUUAAGGAGAUAAUGGUAGACACAGGGAGUGAAUGUAAUGUGUUAUACGAGCAGGCGUUCUGGAAGUUACACCCUGUGUCACGAAUGAACCUCAAAAGGACAGAAGCUUCGGUACAAGGGUACUCCGGAGAAACAGGUAAUCCCAUGGGAAAGCUAUCAGUUAAAAUGACUAUCGGAGAGGGAAGGUGGAAGCAAACUGAGAAAAUCAGUUUUCUGGUAGUCAGUAGAACUUCCCCGUUUCAGGCAAUCCUGGGAAGACCCGGGAUACAAAAGUUUGAAAUGAUCUCAUCCGUCAUUCAUGGCAUGAUCAAGUACCAAUCGGACAGAGGCAUCGGAACCUUAGUAACAAAGAACAAGAAGCUAUCUGAGGAAGGCCAGGAUGGACCCCGUUACUUGACAUCGAGUGAAGGACUUUACCUAGGUCGUAUGGAUGGAUACUAA